UACAAUGAUUUUGAGUCCCUCCACGAUUUCGAUACGUUCUUUGGGGUUUUCCUUUACAGCGGGUCGGAGACUUCGAGAGGAUUGAUCGAAAUGAAGACGGUGCCCUCGCUCAUUGCUUCGAGCACGGUUGGGAUUGCCGCUGCAGGACUGGCAUUAGGAAAGCCGGAGCGAUCUCCUCCGCCACGCCCUUCGUCGAAGAAGAGAAAAGCCCACGAGUUCGCAGAUGUCGUCGUUCACAACCAGGGCACGUCGACACCUCAAUCACGCCCGGCUACAAGCUCGACCGUGAUCACGCCAGGUAGCAGACCUCUUGGUCAACCGACCAGCUCUUCGCCUAAUCCGCCCCCGUCCCUACAACAUCGAGCUUCAAGCACAAGGGUAGAGAUACCAAAUAGUAGCUCUGGGAGGAGAUUGUCAAUACUCAGACACGAAGAAGCUUCAUCACCACGGGAUCAUAUUGAGGAGGAUCAUCGAAGGGAGUCUGUAUCGUCUCGAGGGUCUUGGAUGAGGAGGUUAUCUACAAUACCAAACUCAUACAACAAUAGUCCACGGUCGAGUAUCGUCGCACCGGAAUCCCCUUCACUCACAUUCUCCCAUGGUUCGGCAGCUCCGAUAUUGUCCAAUCCGGGAAGCAGUCCUGCACAGCUGCCACCCAACAAACUUGUCAAGAGAGCUACAUCAGGUAGGGCAGCGAGUGGUCCAACAAUCUCUCGGAACGGGUCGAAAUCACAAGUACCUACCCUUCGUCGGCCAGCCACGAGUCAUCAACGCUCGGUCACCCUCCAACAGCAGUUUAGAGACGAUUCCAUGGUCACCACACUGCCAUUACACCAGACAGCCACUACCCGCGUCCAUGCAACACCGUCAAGCAAAUUUAGCACACCGGAAACCAGGCAUGCAUGGCGUGUGUACUUUGAAGCACGGCCAACUAAGCUCACAAAAGAGAGAGUUUCGGGGAGGUCAAGUGAUGGAGGCUUACAGAAUUUCCUUUCCACUUCCAGGAGGAUUAUACCAGACGAGACAGCCAGGCCAACUUUGAUGAAACCUGAAAUGAUUAACAGCUCUAACGCAGAUGGUACAUUGUACUAUGAUGAUAGCUUCGGAAUCGACGAUGACUUGGACGAUGUUGACGAGACAACAGUGCCCACCACGGAAUCUGUCGAGGAACCUCAGAAGCGCGCAAGAAGAAGUUUGUCAAUGCACUUUAGCUCGCCUAGUUCAUGGAUUUCAAGGUCGGGAAGUCUAAGAGGAAAACAGCGUAGCACCGAGGGCAGGAGUGGAGGAAAGCGCCAUGCAUCAGCACCUGUGUCAACUAUGCCUUCUCGCAACAUUGCCACGGCACAUGGUUCAGCUAGUUAUAGACACCGCACGGUCAUGGACCCGAAACUAUUCCAACGAGAACCACUUUCCCCGACAGAGGAUCUCUCUCCUCACGAUCCAUUUUCCACGAGUUUUCCAUCUCGGAGCCGGAACAGUUCUUCACCCUUACCGCCACUCUCCAGACUAUCAAGCUUCAACUUGGACAUAGCUCGACUUGGAUUGUCUUCGUCCUCGUCCUCAGCUGCACGCAGGAGUCCAACAUCUCCUAUGCCGCUUACGAACACAAACCCCACAUCAGUGUCAUCCACAGGCCAUCCGUCGCCUUCAUCAACAACCUAUUUCGGCUCUGUGCAGAUCAAGAAUUCUCGGACUGGAGAAGUUGCAGAUCGUGCGUCUACACUGGUUGAGUCUGACAAUGACACGCGAGGUUUCAUUUCGGGAGACGAAGACGAUAUGGAUUUCCAAAGCGAGACAGUGUUCGACUCAUUGAGAUCUGGCGCCACUGGUAGCAUCCGAUCCCAUAAUCCUCCGUUGGAUCACAUGUUUGACGAGUCUCCACCAAGUCUUAAUGGACAUGCAAAGAGUAAACGGCUGUCGAUUCAUGAAAUGUUGGCUAAUGGUGGGUUUCAAGAAGCAAGCAAUAGGAUUGUUGAGGAAGACGAAGGCAUGUCCACGCCUGUAAAGAAUGCAAGAUCUUCACAAGAAGACAACUUCCAGACACCUGUGCGGACCGCCACCAUGGAAUCAGAUGAGGCUUUUCCAUCAUCUCCGCUAAGCUUCUGCCUCGCUACGAAAGAUUUUAGCCGACUUUCUUUGGAUGACGACGAAGAGGAUGAAGAUUGGACGAAAGACGACGAAAACAUGGAAGUCAGCAACUCUUUGUCACCCCCAAACAGCUCACUCAACUCGCGGAGGGUAAGUCCCAGUUUUCGAGCCGCUUUAGCAGAUGUUACGCACAGUGGGAACACGAAUGGCAAUCCUGUUGGUGGAGAACGCCCAAAGAGCAACCUUUUUGAUUGGUCCGAGCCGUCUUCUGCUGAGAAGAUUGAUCUCAUGGGAAAUUCUCCUCGGCCAAGAACUGCUCAUGUCAAGCAGGUUGCUGAUGGCAGAGGCGGAAGAGCCAUCGGUCGCAAAGGGCCAAGUGCUCUACAUAUCAGGAGUCAGAGUGUACCUGUCGUGCCUGACGGAGCGAGCCAGCGUGAUCAUUCGAAGCUAACACCCAAAUUUGGUACUUGGGGUCUAGGUGCCAAAGGUGUUAGUGAGGAGUGGGACGGAGACUUCGAGUUCGAUAAUGACGAGGGCGACAAUGGAGAGUUUGGUGACAGCAAGAUGGAGAGUAGUGGAAUGCUCGUCCCGCCAGCGAUCCAAGCUAGCCAAGCAAGUGUUGCAGGGCAUGUAGGACAGAUUCGAGAAGUUUGCCUGCUUGUGGAAGAUCUCAAGAGACUGCGGCUACUCGCAAAAGAAAAGAAUCUGCUGCAUGGUCGUUCCGCGUCAUUGUGGAAGGAAGCUGAAGGCAUCAUCGCCCUGGCAGUCCCAGAUGAGGAAGAUCCCACGCUGUCUCCGCCUCAUUCGCCAGCAUCGGUUGUCGUCGAGCAAGAAAUGGAGGGCGAUGAUUUUCACGAACAUGGCCCGGCUAGCGAGGAAGUAUCCAUGCCGGACACUCCAAUCGAGGUGCUAAACCGGCACGGGAAGCCUACUGGAUUCGUCUAUGAUGGCAACACUGUUCGUCGACGAUCUGUAUUCUCGCCAGAGGACGACAUUUUCGGUGCUGGUGUGAUUCAGAGCCCGCAGACCAGAGAGUAUCUCAGACCACCUUCAAACUCGCCUCGGCACUCGCUUGCAAGAAGUGCUUCGGAUACAGCUCGUUCAGUCAUGGAGACUAUGCACCAACAUCGGUCGACCUCUGAUCCCAUUCUCCAAAAUUUGACUGGCCAGCCUUCAGACAAGAUGCCUUUCGAUACCACCAGCCUUAAGGAUCUCGUCAACAAGGCCAGCCAAUUGAGUCGUACGUUAGCAGAAGUCAUUCGCAAACAUGACGGGUCACAGAGCCCAGAGGACAAUUCACGCCGAGAUUCGAGUCCAGCUUUUACACGGGUUUUCACGGAUCCCAGUGUCAGCCCCCCCAAACAUCUUCUCCGAAGCCAUAGUAAUAAUUCGAUCCUAGGCGGCUCGAUCGAUUCAUCGCCUACACGAAGCCUAGGUCAACGUAUGCAUAUGAUGACUGUCGUAUGAUAGUCUCGAUGGUCCGGAUACGGAUCUCUUUUGUACAUGAGCAGACCCUAGUGGUCUUUAUUUCCUUUUCUGCAUAGCGACGGUUUUCAUUCGGCUACUGCAUGCAGCGCUUUUCUGCUUGUAAAUCUGUUAUAUGCAUCUUCUGCAUAGAUCUGGGAGCGUGUCAUUGGAGGCGGUCAUUGCAUGCUUCUAAGCAUUCAUCAAAAGAAUUGCAGCCU